AUGAAAUUUGUAAUAGGAUUCUUGAUAUUGAAUGUUCUAGUUGUACCAAUUUAAAUGUAUACUUCUUUAUUUUCAGAUAUUACUGAAUUUUAAAAUAAUGUAUUUCUAUAUCCUCGUUAUGUUCUUACUCUCCUAUUUUAUCAAAUUAGAAAACUUGUUUUGAAUAAGCAAAAAUUUUCUGAUAUUUCAAUUUAAGCAUUUGAACGAUAAAAUAUGAUGUUUAGAUGUAAUGCUUCCUAAGGAAGAUUAAUGGUUUGUUUAAUAUUAUCUAAAGGAGAUGUCAUUCUAAGGGAUGUUCCUUCAUCUAUUUUCAUAGACAACAAAAAUAAUUUAAUAAUCAAAAGAUGUAAAACUUAAAAAAUAUAUAGGAGAAAAUUAAACAUAGAUCACCAAAAUAAAUAUAUGAUUAUUUAGGCGCAAUAGAUAGUCAUAUACACAGAAAUCAUAAAUAGCUAUAACAUAAUUAUUAAACAUUUACUUAGUACAUCAAAUGAUAUUUCUAGAAUAGCCUUCAUAAAUGAGAAUGUCUUUUAUAUACUUAAAGGGAAUAGUUAUAAAUUAUUGUAAUUAAUCUUAAUGUAGUAAAAUAAAUUGUAAUAAACCCUGAAUAUAAUAAAUAAAUAUAUUUAUUAGCAUCUUUGAAUCUUCUCAAAUAGCUCUUUUAUAAGUCUUAGACAAAGGAAGAGAUUUCCCCAAUCAAUCUAUUAGAGAAAUACCACUAAACACCGACUUAAUUUUAGAGACUAACAAUUUAUCUAAACUAUUAAUGAGAAUAUUUAAUUAAACUAAAUAAAAAGAACAAUUUCAAGGAACAAUGCAUCCAAUAGUUUUGAAAAAUAAGUAAGAAGUUCAUGCAAAAGAAUUUCAUAAGAUGGUUAAAAUAAGAUGGGUGAUUCACAAUGAAAAAAACUUAUGGGCACUCUAUGAUAUCUCAACGGAUGAAAAGAUCAUGAAGUCUUAUGAAACAUACACCUAAGACUCUAGCAUUGCCAAAAUUGAAAACAUUUUCCUAGCAGACAGUGGCAUCAAUAUAGGGAAUUCAAAGAUAACUCUUGGAGGAUAAUCAUGUUCACCUGCUCUCUACCAAAAGCAAAACAUGGAUAUACCCAAUAGAACAAUAUUAUGA